UACUGUUCAUUCAGCGACCAAUUGACAAGCAUCGAGUCCUUUAGCGAUAUCCGUCAAACGCGAAGUUCCCUGAGAGCAAACAUGCUCGGGAAUGAAGAAUCCGACACACUUUUGACCCUGCUCAAAGCCGGAGACGAUCCACACCAGCCGUUGGAAUCCAUAGUUGACGAUUUCAAAUCAAAGCUCCAUUCUUCUCGCCACUUCAAUGCCUGCGUCUCUCUCGCCUUGAUUCUCGAGGGAAAGUUUCUUAAACCAGCUCAGAGGUUGGCUGCUUUUCCAAUUCUUUGCAGAGUAUAUUCUUCCCAAGAGCCAUCAUCAAAUCCUUUCAUCUCUAUGCUUGUAAAUAUAUAUUUUGGAGUACAAAAAUGUUGAAAAAAAUAAAGAUGGAUUUUUGGAGCUCAAAAGCAAAGGAAGAAAAGGAUUGGGCCAAGCCCAAUCAUCAUUCAAUGAUAAAGCAAGUGACAAAGAAGAUCAAAACAAAAAAAAAACACGGAAGAAAUGGAGAAGUCCUUCGCCAACAGGAGAAGAUUAGCGGAAGAAACAGAUCUACUCCUAUUCAAUUAAAGCUCUUCAAAACUUUUAAUAUAAAANGUCGACAACAGCUAGGUCCGGCGAUGGUUCCGACGGCGACACUAGACACGGCAGCUAUGGAGGGAGGCAGUGGCUAAACUCUGGCGUCAGUAUUUGGGGUCCGUGCACAGUACUUACGAAGAAGAACACUUUGGGACGCAUUUCUUUCUUUUCACUUAAUUUUUGCAAUUAGGAUAUCAAAUUUGUUUAUUUUCCAAUUCAUGAAUUUGAUUCUCUAAUGCUCCGUACUUGAAUAUUAAAUAUGUUUUUUUAAAUCUUGUUUUUGUGUUGAAUGUUUAAGUUAUAUUCUAAGUGUUGAAUUGUUUGAAUGUUGAUGUUGAAUUGUCCAAAUAUGAUUUAUUAAUUUAUUAUUGUCUCUAAAAUUAUAAAACCUUCUUAGGCCGAAUCGUUUGACAAAAAGAUUGAAUCUUUGUUUGUUGAAUUAAUUUGACUUUGAAGAGAUUUUAGAUCUACGUUACUGUUAAAAUAUAAACUCAAAAAGACAGAAGCCAGGUGGAGAAAGUAAUUGUACUUAUAACUCAAGCUUAUGUGCGUCAUAUAAUUAGGUUGUUAAGAGUACAAUAUGGAUUCUCCAUGUUGUCCCGAGUAGAAUGAGGAGUCUAGCCAAAGAUACUAAAAGAGGGCAGCUUUC